GGCUGUCCCCGCUGCCCAGGCUCGCACCCCGCGGGCCCCGCGCUGCCUCGGGGCGGGGGCGCGCAGGGACCCGGGGCCGCCGCGCCGCCACCGCCUCCCCGCCGCGCCCGCCCUUAAAAGCGGCGGCGGCUCCGGUGCAGCGCCCGCGGCGCCGCUCCCGGCACGGCCGGGAUGGGCUCCGCGCACUCCGUGCCCGCCGAGAUGCGGGAGCUGGCCGACAGGACGGGCUUCACCUCUGAACAGAUCGAGCACCUGCACCGGCGCUUCAAGCAGCUGAGCCAGGACCAGCUGACCAUCCGCAAGGAGAACUUUGACAGCAUUCCCGACCUGGAGUUCAACCCCAUCAGGGGGAAAAUCGUCCACGCCUUCUUUGACAAGCGGAACCUGCGGCAGGAGUCGGACGGGCUGGCGGACGAGAUCACCUUCGAGGACUUCCUGACCAUCAUGUCCUACUUCAGACCCAUCGAGAUGAACAUGGAUGAGGAGCAGCUCGACCGCUUCCGCAAGGAGAAGCUGAAAUUCCUGUUCCACAUGUACGACUCGGACCAUGACGGGAAGAUCACACUGCAGGAGUACAGAAAUGUGGUGGAGGAGCUGCUCUCAGGGAACCCCCACCUGGAGAAGGAGUCGGCGCGCUCCAUCGCCGACGGGGCCAUGAUGGAGGCUGCCAGCAUCUGUGUGGGGCAAAUGGGCCCGGACCAGGUGUACGAGGGCAUCACCUUCGAGGAUUUCCUGAAGAUGUGGCAGGGCAUCGACAUCGAGACCAAGAUGCACGUCCGCUUCCUCAACGUGGACACCAUCGCCCACUGCUACUGAGGGGAGCAGCAGCACCAGGAGGAGGAGGAGGAGGAGGAGGAAGAGGACCCAGCAGCAGCUCCAGGUCCUGGCACCUGGCUCCCAGCUCCAUGGCUGUGCCACACUGGGGCUGCCCUCUGCUCUCUACAAACAUCAGAGGUUUUAUCUGCAAUAAAAGAUAUUUCUCUUUUUA